AUGUAUCUCCCCAGCAUACUCGGGUCAAUCUCCACCCUUGUUGCCACAGCCCUGGCGGACCAAAAUGGCAUCUGCCUCGACCCCUUCCACUCCAGACCAAACUGGUGCGGCCACUUCACGAACUACAGCAACGCAGACCGAAUGGGAUGUCUGUAUGCCAACAAGAAGUGCGAAAACUUCGACUGGCCGUUCCCUGGCGACGAGAGGCCAGAACAAGAGAAAGGGCUCCCAGUCCGCCUGAUCGGGAGCUGGAACUGUGGCCUCUGCUUCGUCUUCGAGGAGAAGGAUUGUCAAGCCAAGCUCACGCGUAUGCUUGGGCAAAAUGAGAUACCGGAGGGCUACCCGACCGAAGUCAUACCGAUACUUGGAUACCCUAUGAUUAAUACCACCGAUUCGCUGAGCUAUUUCUGUGAGUCUCCGGGGUGGUACUUGGAGUUGAGUCAAGUCGAAUGUGAUUGGUGGGCUUCAUAA